CCUUCACCCCAGAGCCCUGGUAAGGACUAUGUCCCCCGCCAUCGCACUGGCCUUCCUGCCACUGGUGGUGACAUUGCUGGUGCGUUACCGUCACUACUUCCGACUGCUGGUGCGUAUGGUCUUGCUGCGGAGCCUCCGAGACUGCCUGUCAGGGCUGCAGAUUGAGGAACGGGCCUUCAGCUAUGUGCUCACUCAUGCCCUGCCUGGAGACCCCAGUCAUAUCCUCACCACCCUGGACCAUUGGAGCAGCCACUGCGAGUACCUGGGCCACAUGGGGCCUGUCAAAGGUCAGAUCCUGAUGCGGCUGGUGGAAGAGAAGGCUCCUGCUUGCGUGCUGGAGCUGGGCACCCACUGUGGGUACUCCACUUUGCUUAUUGCCCGUGCCCUGCCCCCUGGGGGCCGCCUUCUCACUGUGGAGUGGAACCCACGCACCGCAGCAGUGGCUGAAAAACUCAUCCGCCUGGCUGGCUUCGACGAGCGCACGGUGGAGCUCAUCGUGAGUAGCUCAGAGGAGGUGAUCCCACACCUACGAACCCAGUACCAGCUGAGUCAGGUAGACUUGGUGCUCCUGGCACACCGGCCCCGACGUUACCUGCGAGACCUGCAGCUUUUGGAGGCCCAUGCCCUGCUGCCAGCUGGUGCCACUGUACUGGCUGACCAUGCGCUGUUCCCUGGUGCACCCCGCUUCCUGCAGUAUGCCAAGAGCUGUGGCCGCUACCGCUGCCGCCUCCACCACACUGGCCUCCCAGACUUCCCUGCCAUCAAGGACGGCAUAGCCCAGCUCACCUAUGCAGGGCCUGGCUGAGGUCCAGGCCCAGGGGCACUUACUGCUGCCUCUCCACCCCCACCGAAGCAAGGACCUCAGAACGUCCAUUCUUCUCCCUGCUUGUGGCCUGACACAUGCUGGACUCAGGCUGGGGAGGCUGUCCUCCAACCUCUGCCCCACUCCAGUUCUACACUGACCUGGGACAUCAAGUUCUAUCAGGAUGCUUGGUUCCAUUGCCCCCCUCCUUCCAGAGAGCCAUGGAUUGACAGGCAAGAGACCUGGGCUCCCAACCCAACUCUAUCACUGAUUUUCUGGGUGACUCCAAGGGAGUCCCUGUGCUGCCUGAAGAUUUAAUCUCUCUUAACACCAAGGAAGCCAGCUGGAAAAUCUCCAGGGGCCUCCUAGCUCUAGGCCUCAGAAGCCUUCCCUCCUAAGCCCAUGCAAUUCCAGUUAGGAUCAGAGGAAACAGUAAACAUUGAGUUAGAGGCUCUGAAGGAAUGGGUACAAGCUGAGCCAGAGAAAAUGGUAAUGGAGCCUGGGCCCAGGGCCAGGACCACCUCUAGCCCUGGACAACAUGAUCCCGUAGGCUUGCCUGAAGUCCCUUGUAUGCCCUCUCCCUGAAGCUCAAGAGAAGAUGCUGGAUUCCUCUGGGCCCGACCAACAAUUAGGGAAUAGACACG